AACAGUUUGAAUAUGUAAACUGUAAUGAACAGAUGAUCGGGCGGGAAAUCGGACUUUUCGAAAAAUGAACCGAACACUCGUUUAUUUUAUUCAAAAUUGUUGUAUCAAGGUGCGCAAGUUCGUCGUUUGAUUUGGUCCAGAUCCAGCUUCACGAUGGAUGCCAGUUACGUCCCUAACAACCCCCAGUUCGGUCUUCAACUCGAAUGCAACUGGAGCUCUGGACCCAACACAACACUCCAACCCUCAGCGUGCACCGACGACCUCUCCUCCUGUUGGAGCGAAGACAUGGGCUCUUUCUCCCUACCUCUAGAUCUCGAGCCGUUACCGAGCCUUUUCCCGUUCUCACCUUGUAACAACACCACCAACUACAAAAGCGAAGCUCAAAACCAACCCUCUCCUUACAAACAACCCUCAUCCGACAUGGCCGACGUCCUCCUCUCCCUCAAACACGCAGUGGUGCAUCCUGGCCAAAACCCCGCCGAGAAAUACGACCAGCAGCACCUCUACCACCCCCAAGUGCUCCUCUCUCCCGGGGGUUAUUCUGGGACUUUGUGCGAUCAGGGAUUUACCCAACAACCCAUGUUUCCGAGUAUGUCGGUCAACGUGUCCAUGAAUAUGACCAUGCAUGGGUACCACCCGUCUAGUUCCUAUCCAACGAGUGAAAUUUCGUGUCCCCAGGUGCAGUGGAGUGCAACUCCGCAAGCUAACUCUCCACCCACAUACCAAACCCAAGGACUUUUGAGUCCUUCGUAUGGAGGGACGACUUAUUCGUUCACUGCUGAUUUUAGGCCUCCACAGGAAACACCUGUUUUGAGUUCGUAUAAAUCAGUGCCUAUGUCGUUCUCCUCGCCGAGAAGGAGGCAUAGUAUUAAUAUUAUUGAGGAGGAUAAUCAAAAGCCGAACGUUUGUAGAAUAUGUGGCAAAAGCUACGCCCGGCCCAGCACCCUGAAAACCCACUUGCGCACGCACUCAGGUGAGAAGCCCUACCGCUGCAUCGACUGCAACAAAUCUUUCUCUCAGGCUGCCAACCUGACAGCGCACGUCCGGACCCACUCCGGGGAAAAGCCUUUCCGGUGUCCUGUCUGCGACCGUCGCUUCUCCCAGAGCUCCUCCGUGACGACACACAUGCGCACCCACUCGGGGGAGCGGCCCUACCGCUGCCGACUGUGCAAGAAGGCCUUCUCCGACAGCAGCACUCUCACCAAACAUCUCAGGAUACACAGCGGCGAGAAGCCCUACGAGUGCAAAUUGUGUCUUCUGAGGUUCAGCCAAAGCGGCAACCUUAACAGACACAUGCGGGUUCAUGGGGCUGCCAGUAUGAUGCCCCCAUGACAGGGGCUGCUCAUCUGAAACGGUUGGGCGUUUUGACCGCUUUUAUGAGAGUUUGUGGGAUUAGACUCGGGGAAUUGCACAACAAUUAACAAUGGCUGGAGAGCAAAUACGUGGCUUUGGCAAAAAUAUGAGAUUUAUUUAAGUUAACGUGAGAGAUUUCCUAGCAAAUAUUUGAGGUUUUGAAUGAGUGACAGCUCAAAUGUGAUUAAAAUGUUCGGAACGAAACUUUCCGCGAAAGGCCAAGCAAAGUCGGCCAAAUUUACUUAAUAAACAGUUGUUAUCUGUUGUAUAAUGAAACUUAUCACAGUUUAUGCAACUCAAAAAAAUGUAAAACUAUGUAUUUUGAAAAUAAAAAUAACAACACAAUACAAAGUUUUUAGUCAAAAUUAAAAAAAAAACACAACACAGCCCUGCCAAAAUUUGAAAAUAAUUUUAACAAAUGCAGCUGUGGCAAUUUUAUACCAUGAACAAAAACACGAUUUGCCCGCCACACCAAACU